UUCCGAAGCGAUCAGUAAAUAAAAUAAUAAUAAUGAAACAAAACGCGCUUUAAUGGAUUCAUGAUCUAACGAUAAUAAUAAUCAAUACAUUUAUAAAUGCGAGGUGUUGCGACAGCUGGAUUAAGAAUGUCCUGUGAUAUGUGUUCAUUAAAUGGACAUUUGUUCUGCUGUAAUUCGACAUUCUAAACGCUUUGAAAUGAAAAACUAAAUUCAGUGUAAAUGUGUAUAAAUGAGACGCGUCAGACUGAAUCAGCGAUGGAGCGCCGGAAUCACCUUAUACACAGAGAUUACAGAAUCAUCAAGAAGAUCGGAGAAGGAACGUUCUCUGUGGUGAUGAAGGUCCAGAGCUUGAAGGACAGUAAACAUUACGCCUGUAAAACCAUGAAACAGACCAUCAAGAGUGUGGAUCAGGCUCAUAAUCUGAGAGAAGUUCAAGCCAUGAAGAGGUUGAGUCCACAUCCAAACAUCCUGCUGCUUCAUGAACUCAUUUACGACCGUGACACUGGAACUCUGUCAUUGAUCUGUGAACUCAUGGAGAUGAACAUCUACGAGUUCAUUAAAGGGCGGCAGAACCCGUUACCGGAGAGUAAAGUCAAACACUACAUGUAUCAGCUGUGCCGGUCUCUGGAUCACAUGCACAGUAAUGGAAUAUUCCACAGAGACGUGAAGCCUGAGAAUAUCUUGAUCAAAGAUGACGUGUUGAAGCUGGCAGACUUCGGUUCCUGCAGGAGCAUCUACUCCAAACCUCCACACACCGAAUACAUCUCCACACGCUGGUACCUGCCCGAGUGUUUGCUGACAGACGGCCAUUACUCUCAGAAGAUGGACAUGUGGAGUGCUGGAUGUGUCUUCUUUGAGAUCUUCAGUUUGACUCCUCUGUUUCCUGGACGGAACGAGUUGGACCAGGUCAACAAAAUCCACGAUGUUCUCGGCGCUCCAGACGGUGCACUGCUGCAGAAGUUCAAACGGUCUUGUACCACACACUUUGAUUUCCCUCCUCGUAAAGGCUGCGGGAUUUCUCCGCUCAUUCCUCAUUGCUCUGCAGUCAGUCUGUCUCUGCUGCACCAGAUGUUGACCUAUGACCCCGACGAACGCAUCAGCGCGCGCACGGCACUGCAACACUCCUGCUUCAGAGAACUGCGGAUGGCCGAGAGAAAAGCAGUGAGUCUGCGUAAGGUGAUCGGGACGGUAGAGGGAGAAUCGAGCAGGACGCCCGCAUCUGUGGAUCAGCUGUUGCGAAUGGGACGACAUGGCAGAAGACAGCAUCUCAAACUCACAGGCGACCCUCUCAGCAGACGCCAUCAUUACCCUUUAGAGCUCCCGAAACUCAACGUUGUGGUCCCGACUCCAAAAACCCUCCAUCCAGUGUCCACCUUCCCAACUCGGAGCAUUUCACACCGCGGCUCUCUUCCUGCCAUCUCCAAAAAGUGCCACUCGCGUGUGACUAAACCCAAAGAAGAGACGCAUCGACUGAAGAGUUACUGCUUGCCGCCGCUACAGCACAAUCAAGAGCGUUACUGAACACAACCGAUGAUGAAGUAUUAUUGCCACUUAAGGCCUUCGACCUACAGUUUUCUAUUUGCUCACUUCAAUUAAAAAGGUUUAUUUUGUUCCUGCACUUUUUAUGUCAUGUAAUAUUAAUCCUUGAGCGCGCACACACACACACACACACACACACACACACACACACACACGCUGUUUCAGACCAAUAAAACUCAUAUUUAUAUGGGUUAGUGGCAGAUCAAUGCAAACUAUUAUUACAUCCCCAUACAGAUAUUGAUUACAUCAUUGCACUUGUUUUGUUUCAGAAACUAAUUAGAAAGAAAUGUAAAUAAAGCAGCAGACAUUAUAAGUUGAAUUCAGAAAACUGAAUCCCUCUUAACAACUCUGAUUAAUCCGCGCAGCUCCGACACGUGUCGUUCGUUUCCGUCAACGGCACGUGUCGUUUGUGCCAAUCAUUUCUGUCAAUGACACAUGCCAAUCGUUUAUGUCAGCGACACGUGUCGUUUGUGCCAAUCAUUUCUGUCAAUGACACAUGCCAAUCGUUUCUGUCAGCGACACGUGUCGUUUGUGCCAAUCGUUUCUGUCAGCGACACGUGUCGUUUGUGCCAAUCGUUUCUGUCAGCGACACGUGUCG